AUGCCUUCAUUCGUGACGGAAGAAGACCAAUACAGAAAGUCGCCAGACUCGCCUCGGACGUUCCAGACAGACUUGUUCGCUCUUGGAUGCCUUAUAUUCGAGAUUGUGGUUGGCUCACGCCCGUAUGAAGAAAUCGCUGAUAAAGACUGGGAAACAAUUGCGGAAAACUACGACCGCGGGAUCUUUCCCCCAGCGGAGGGCUUGAAAUAUGGGGAGAUCAUGUACAAAUGCUGGACGUCAAAAUAUAUGGAUGCCCGCCAACUCCUAUCGGAUAUCGAGAACGUCGACGACACAAAAGUGGAUCUGUUGUCAUCUUUGAUAGUCAACUACCCAGAACGGGCCCUUCUCCCACUUGGACUAGUGUCAGCUUGUAUGCUUGCCUUUUGUAUUUACCAGAGACACAAAUAA